UUGUAGUUAUUCUAAGGAGAAAACCAUUGAACAAUAAUACUCCUCCAAAAACAGGUAAGAGGAGGCAGACAGGGGCGUGAUUACUGCAUCCCGUGGGAGAGGCCCCACAACUACUUUUAACCUGCGAAGUCCAGUGACCCGGCUCACGGGGCGGAGACUUGCAUUUGCGAAAAGGCAAGGGCGAGGGAGACACUGUAUUUGUUCAUUUUGAAGGACCCCCCCCCCCAGAAUCUGCACACCCAUUUGGGGGGCUUGCUUUGCCACCGAAGGUGGGAAGAACCGGCAGCAAAACAAGGCUGUCUGGGCUGUCUCCCGAGAGAGUUUUGCCUAGCCAAACACUAGAGUACCAUGGCUUCCGCCGUCUGGGGGAGUGUCCCUUGGUGGGGCCCGCCGCCGCCAGCCCCAGCCCGGCCGCUCACGGACCUCGACUUCUGCUCUGGGGCGCAGUUGCAGGAACUGACCCAGCUAAUUCAGGAACUCGGGGUGCAAGAGAGCUGGAAUGACGGGCCGCAGCCAGGAGCAGACCUCCUCCGGGCAAAGGACUUCGUCUUCUCGUUGCUUGGUCUAGUUCACCGCCAAGACCCCCGUUUUCCUUCUCAAGCAGAGCUUUUGCUACUUCGUGGAGGGGUUCGCGAGGGCUCCCUGGAUCUGGGGCAUGCACCCUUGGGUCCCUACGCCCGCGGACCUCAUUACGACGCCGGUUUCACUCUUCUAGUCCCAGUAUUUUCACUGGAAGGCACUGGGUCGGAGCUGCAACUGGACCGAGAAUCCUGUUAUGCAUGGCUCCGCCUCCCAGAGCUGGUUCUCGGAACCUCCCUACACGAAGCAUGGCAGGAUUGCCUAGGACCCCCAGUCCCAGGAGGAUGUGAUUUGAUUCACCAGACUGAGAACGAGGGAAGCCCUAAGGACAAGCAAAGUUCGGUGGUCCAGCCGAGCAGUUACAUCACGGAGUCUGAUCCGAGCAUAGUUUUGGAAAAAUCACCUAGUGACCUUUCAGGGCCUGAAUCGUCUCAGCAUGACGUCACCCACUUUGGCUCUUCUGAACCAAUGCAAGAAGUGAGUACUGGCAUCGUCGAGGCAACCGUCGAUGGUCUAGAAGGUCUAGUUCCACAGGCCUCCGAGGUUCGGGAGGCGUGGCCCACGUUGUGUCCAGCCCAGGUGGCCGCCUGGUUUUUUGCUACUCUGGCUACAGUUGCCGAGUCUCUCAUCCCUGUCCCGGGAGCUCCGCGCCUGGUGCACGCAGCACGCCACGCGGGCUUCACCACGAUUCUCCUAGCAACGCCGGGGCCCCCGCGGCGCCUACUGCUCUUCGACUUGAUCCCAGUGGUGUCCGUGGCAGGCUGGCCAGAAGGAGCUCGCAGCCACUCAUGGGCAGGGCCGCUGGCCUCAGAGUCAGCCUCCUUCUACCUGGUACCAGGCGGUGGCACCAAGCAGCAGGAGGCCUCCGGCUGGCAGCUCUGCUUCGCCCGCCAGGAGCUGGCGCUCAAGACACGCAUCCCGGCGCCGCUGCUGCAGGCGCACGCGGCUGCCCAGGCUCUACUGCGCCCACUGGUGGCCGGGACGCGGACCGCGGCGCCCUACCUUCUGCGAACGCUGCUGUACUGGGCUUGCGAGCGGCUGCCAGCGCUUUACCUGGCACGACCAGAAAACGCCGGCGCCUGCUGCCUCGGGCUGCUGGAUGAGCUGGGCCGCGUGCUCGAGGCCGGGACACUGCCUCACUAUUUUCUGAGUGGUCGGAAGCUCCAUGCGGGGGAAGGUUCCGCUUCCCUCCUGGGGGCGUUGGUUGAGCUCCGCGGGGACCCUGCCCGUGCUCUGCGUGCAGCGGUGGAGGAAGCCAAGGUUGCCCGCAAGGGGGGUGGCUUGGCAGGCGUGGGGGGCGGGGCCCAUUAAAUACUCUACUACCCUCGUGGAAA